AUGGAGGACGUCGACGACGAGGCCAUCAGCAUCGAGCUCCUCCGCGAGGACAACCUCAUGCUUGAGGAGCGCAUCGAGGCCAUGAGCAAGAGGUGCACUGCCAUGCAGCAGGCCAAGCUGGAGGCCGAGGCGCGCGCUGCAGCGCUCGAUGCGGACCUCACCGCCCUCCGCAAGGUUGCUGGCCAAGAGCAAGUCGAUCCCAACAGCGCUAGCGACUGGCACGACGAGCGCGCCAAGCUUCUUGAUGAGGUUCAAACGCUUCUCAAGGUGAAGGAGGUCAACGAGAAGCGCGUCGGCGAUCUCUCCAAGGACCUGCAACGCCUCUACAAGCGGCUCAAGACCGCCGAGCCGACGACCGACGACUCGGAAUGCGUCGAGCCGCUGCUGAAGGACCAAGCGACAUGGCAGAAGCAACAACAGCUCGUGCAAGACCUGCUGCGCCAGUGCAAGGAGAAGGUGUACGCCGAGAAGCACGCUCACAAGCGGCGUCGCGUGGACCCCGACACCUCGGAGCACGACAAGAGCCUCCAAGAGGUCAUUGCGCACUUCAAGACCGAGACAUGCGAGCGCAACGAGUUUGAAAAGCUCGAGGCGCAACUGCUGCAGGAGCGUCUGAGCGAACUGGAGGCUGAGCCAAGGUCGGAGCCGCGAGAACAAGAAGGGCAGGCUUUUGUCUCGGCGCUCCAAGACGAUUUGAAGCGGCUCGCGCACGAGAAGCUGCAGCUGGCCAAAGACAUGCAGGAGGCGCAGCGACGCAUCCAGGCGCUCACGAUGGACAACCUCCAGUUCAAGCUCGAGAAGAACGAACUCAAGCACCAGGUCCAGAGCGAAGUCACCAAAAGCGCAGCGCUGCAAGAUCAGGUCGACGAUGCCACGCGGCAGCUUGCAGAGGCCAGCGCGGAGGCGAGCCAGCUCCACGACCAUCUUGUGGCGGCACAAACACAGCUCCUCGCUGCUGAGGCCGAAAUCGCAGACCUGCACAAGCGGCUCCAGGAGGCCACUGCGUCCAAUAGCGCGGUUGCUGCUGCACGCUACGACCUCGAGACGACCCUCGAAGCGGCAGAAAAGGCGCGCGAUGAGCUCGCCGAGGCCAAGGGCUUUUGGGAAGACAAAGCCGCCAAGCUGGAGCGGGUCGUGCUGCAGUACGGCUCCGAAAUCCAGUCGCUCAAGCUGUCGCUGGCCGACGCCGAGGCCGCGGGUCCGCCCGAGCACACACCGGCGUCCGUCGCGCACGGCCAGUCCAUGGUGCAGCAGUUCUAUCUGCGCUACUACAAGGCGGCCGAAACGUCGCACCGGUCGCUCCUCGACGCCACGCGCGCCAAAGACGCAGCGCUCGCAGCACAAGGCGCCGACCUCACGCACAUCCGACACGUGCUUUCGUCCAUCCUACACGCUUCACUGCCCGACGACGUGUCCGUCGCGCUCCAAGGGCUUCUCGCGAGCUUUGAGAGGCCAGAACCACCAACCGAGUCAAUGUAG